UCAAUUAUUUAGUUGUUUCAUAUUCAUUUGGCAACAGUAGUUGAAUAUUCGGUUUCGAGGUUUCGGAAGAAAACGUAAACAGUAAACAUCUCAAAUGUAGAGUGACAGAUUUUUUCUUUAAAUGUUAACUAAUUAAUUAAUCGCAGGUUAAAUGAUGAAUGACUUUCGCGAAUCGUCAACCCUGAGUCGAAUGCAGGAACGUUACUGGACUACCAAACAAGCUGUUUUUAAAAAAUUGGGAAAGAAAGAAGAUGACUGCAUAAUAGCUAGUGAUGCAGAACUGGAUGCAAAAUUAGAGCUAUUCCAAACUAUUGAAGAAUCUUUCUUGACUUUAAUGAGAGUGUUAGAAAAUUAUCAAGAUAAAUUAUGUUCUUUAGCACAAGAAGAGAAUGCUUUAGGUAGAUUUUUAAAGGAAAAUGGAAAGUAUGAUAAAACGAGAGCUGGCAAAGUUAUGACUGCUGCUGGGAAAGCUUUGAGUUUUAGUGCUCAGCAAAAAUUGUCUCUUCGUUUACCUCUUGUAAGGCUUUAUCAUGAAGUCGAAACUUUCCAGUAUCGGGCAAUAGUAGAUAGUUUGCAAACUGUGGAAAAGAUGGAAAAAGCAAGAACUGCCUAUCGAGGAGCAUUAAUGUGGAUGAAAGAUGUUUCUCAGCAGCUUGACCCUGAUACUUGUAAACAGCUUGAAAAAUUUCGAAAGGUUCAAAGCAAUGUUAGGAAAACAAAAGCAAGAUUUGAUAAACUAAAGCUUGAUACUCUUCAGAAAGUUGAUCUUUUGUCAUUUUCACGCUGUAAUCUUUUUUCUCAAGCAUUAGCUGCUUACCAAAAUACUCUAAUUGCUAUCUCAGAAAAAAUGUCUCAUACUAUGAGUUCUGUAGCCGAGACAACUAAAGGCUAUCAGCAUUAUGAAUUUUCAAUGCUAAAAGAACUUACUGAAACUAGUAAAAAGCUGGCAGAAGAAACAUCAGAAAUGAACAACACAAUACCUUUACUUGAAGAGCAUGGAUUAGUCCCUUCAGAUGAUAAAGAUGUAUUACUCUUUUUUGAAUCUGAAUACCAUGAUGAUGAAGAAAAACAUUCAAAAACUGCAAAUGAUAAAUCCUCUGAUAAGAAAAAAACAUCUAAGUCUUCUUCUGGGAAAAAAACAAAAAAUAAGUCUAAAAACACAAGAAAAAAGGAUGCAGAAAACAAUGAUUCUCCAUUAGUUAAUUUAGAUGAACUUUUAAAUUCUUCUCAAUCUAGCCUAUCUUCUUUGCAAACUCCUACUACAGAAGAUAACUCCAGAAGAUUUUCUUCCGAUUUACUUACAGGAUUGGGUGGUGAGGAAGUAGAUAAGAAUGAUUUAGAAUUAUUGAAUGAAAUUUUAGAUGCAAAGCCUGAUUUUACUUUUUCUAAUGAUAGCAUUCUAAAUUCAGAAGAUAAUUUGCUUCCAAAUUCUCCAUUAAGCGAGCAGAGCAAUCUUAAUAAAUUUAUUUUUGAUAUGACUGCUGCUGGCCAAUCUACAUACUAUCUCCCAUCACAGCUAAUAGACAUGCCAAAAGAUAACUCAGGAAUUAUUCCUAAUGCUCCUAGUAGCAUACCAAAGUCAAAUGAUACUUCUUCUACUGCUGGCAAGAAUAAGAAGGAAAAGAAGGAUAUGUCUAGUUGGUACAAUUUAUUUGCUGAUUUAGAUCCUUUUGCAAAUCCUGAUUUGAUCGGAAAGAAACAAGCUGAUGAUUUUAAUUGCUAAUAACGUUUUAUUAGAGACCUUAAACAGAUUAGCAUAUUUUUUUAUAAAUAUACUCAAUUUGCUCUUUACUGAAUUGUAAACAAAUGUUUUGUAAUGGCUAUCUGUUUCAAUUUAUAUAUUUCCUUUGCAUGAUAUAAACUAUCUCAGCAAUCUUGCAUUUCAAUUAUUAAAUGCAUUUUUAUUGUCUUUUUUGAAAAAAAACUAUUACAUUAUCAUUCUUCUUAUUGUCAAUCAUGCAUGAGUCAACUCAAUUAAUGUUUUAAAAUCUGUAAGAGAAAUUUAUUUAACAUCACCGAACUGAUUAAUAAAAAUCUUAUGUUGUCUAAAAUUAGUUUAUCAAUGUGCAAAUGAUAUGAUUGUAGGAUAUUGUUUUAUAUUCUUAAAUAAUCAAUCAAUUUAAUUUUAUCAAUUUGAAAUUGUUUGAUUCAUAUAUCAUAUUUUAAAAGCUAAAAAUAUGUGAAAUCUUUGUUAAUGAAAAAAAUGACGACCUAAAUGUUUGCUGUAAAAUAUAUUGCCUCUAGAUAUUAUGUGUGCUUAAUUGCUAUAUCGUCAUUAUUUUUAUUCUUUUGUUAAAUAUAUUUAUCUUUAAAUUAUUUAUUUAUUAUUUUCAAGUUAUUACUUUAUAAAGUUUUAUCUAUAUUAGUACUAUCAAGAGAAAUUUUAUUAAUUUGAAAUUAAUUUGUAUUUGAAACUGUUUUUCAUGUGUCAUUUGAAUUUAGAAGCAAAACAGCUUUUCUUUCUUAAUAAGUAUUAAUUAUGUUUUUAAAAGAAAAGAAAUAUACUGAUUUAUUAAUUUUAUUUUCGUUUACUAUUGGAAGUGAAAUUUUUUUAAAAUAUACUAAAUGUGAACAUUUUUUAACAAAACACAAUGCCUUUAUUUAUCCUACAAGAAAGUGUAAAAGAAUUUUGAAAGUUCACCCUAUUGUCACUUAAUCAUCUAAUUAUAUUUUAUGCACUUACAAAAGAAUUUCUGUUAAAUUAAAAAUUUUGAUCUUCAAAUUAUUAUGUAUAUGAUGUUAUAUAUCAAAAACAUUUGGCAUGUUCAUAUUAUUUGUUGACUGCAUCAGAUUUUAAGUGAAUAUUAUUGUAUGAAAAUAUUAUUUUAUUUGUUAUCACAUUUUUUGUCUUGCAAUAGCUUCUUGCCAUAAUAAUGUUUCAUAUUCACUUCAUAAAUUUGAAAUUUUUUAAUUGUUAAAUAGUUGUUUUUUUAUUUGCAAUUAUUUUUAUGUUGGCAUUACCAUAUAUAUAUAUAUAACAACUUAUAUGUAGGUAAUUAUAUAAUUGUGCCAUAAGAGAAACAAAAUAAUUUUGUCAUUUUGCAGCUAGUCACCAGUAGCCAAAUGACAAAAAUUUAACUCCAAAAAAUGAUAGCAUUUGGUCAAUGACUGUGCAAAUAAUAUCAAAUAGAAAUGAGUUAAUAUAAAAUAAAUCUUUAAUUAAGAAAUAUUUUUCAAUUGAUUAGAAUGUGUUAUGAAAAUAGUAUUUUUUUUUAAUGUUAAUUCUUAUUAGUGGAAUAUCUUAUAAUUUAGCUUAUUGUAUUAUUUUUAACAAAUUUGUUCAAUUCUAGUCCUUUAAAUCAAUUUGUUGCAGUAAGGUGUUCAUUUUAUUAGUCAUUUUUUUUUCUUUUGUGUUUGUGAUAUUUUAAAUCCUGUUCUAGUCUUAUAGAAAAAUAAAUGAAACAUAUAUGUCCU